GCUUGUUACCUCGUGGUUAUAUGUUUUUCCUGUCCGGCUAAGUUUGAAUGGCUUUAUCAAAGAAAUUAAUGAUUUUUUGAUUGUUUAUUUGAUAUUUGAGUUUUCACAUUAAUAACUCACUUAAAUAAAUUUAAUUAAUUUCUUGGUUUAAAUUACUAAUUGAAAACCAUGGAGUUAUUAAAUGAUCAAGGAUUGCGUUUGGAUGGGAGAAAGCCAGAUGAAUUAAGGCUGAUAAAGUGUAAAUUAGGGAUUUUCACACAUACAGAUGGUAGUGCUUUUGUUGAACAAGGCAACACGAAAGUUAUAGCUGUUGUUUAUGGUCCUCAUGAGGUCCGUAAUGUACAUAGAGCCAAAACAUCUGCGGAUGGUGCUUUUGUCAAUUGUCAGUAUAGUAUGGCUGCAUUUUCAAUGUCUGAAAGAAAAAAAAGAAAUCGUGGGGAUAGAAAAAGUACUGAAGCUACUAUACACCUUCAUCAAACUUUAGCUGCAGUUAUUCGCACUGAACUUAUGCCGAAGUCUCAAAUUGAUGUGUUCAUAGAGGUACUUCAAUCAGAUGGUGGGAAUUUUGCUGCAAGUGUAAAUGCUGCUACUCUUGCAUUAAUUGAUGCAGGGAUUCCAUUACGAGAGUAUGUUAUUGCAUGCACUGCCUCACUUGGAACUGGAAAUGUGCCAAUGGUUGAUAUUAGCAAUCUGGAAGAAAGUUUAGGAGGUCCUACAUUGACAGUUGCAGUAUUACCCCGGUCCUCACAGAUCGCCCUGGUAGAAAUGUCUCAAAGAUUUCAUUUAGACUUUUUGGAACCAGUACUUAAAAUGGCAAUGAAAGGCUGCGAUUACACCUUCAAAGUACUUGAUAUGGCUGUAGAAAGUUACUUGUCAGAAAUUGGAAAGCCAAAUAAUUGGGGGCAAGCUUAAUAUAGAUGACUUGAAAGAAACAUAGGAAAUAAAACGUAUCACCAUGACUGUUAUCAUCAAAACAAUGCACUGAUAUGAUAACAUAACCUACAACCCCCGAACCGCCAACAGCUCCACUGCUUCAGGAGUGGUCAGAUAGGAGCAGCUUAGAUAUGACGUCAUACCUAGACUGCCGAGCAGUGCCAGCGAAAUAGGUUCCUUUCUAUUCAACUAAAGCAGUGGUCAACCGCAAGCAGUCUCAGUCGUGGGCAGCGCCAGCGAAAUAGUACCUUAAGGUAGAUGGUUAAUAAUUUGAAAAAAAGGGGUCUGCACCAUGGACUAUAGGGUUAAAAAAAUACAUUAAUAUGAAUGGAAUAAAACAAAUAA